AUGUCGAACAAUGCAGUAAACCCGGUUCCCUUGGGACUACCAGCCCUCGCAGGAUCUCCCCUUCUCCAGUACGACCGAGCAGACUGCUCCAACCCGCAGAUCGUCGCCCAUCAACAGCUUGUCAGCUAUUACCAGAGACACCCUCCCGCUCACCCAGAAGACGUAUUCGCCACCCUACGAAUCAACGUCGAACCAGCACAAACAACAGAGAACCUACAGUCACCUGUCAACAAACAACCGUUCGAGCUCCUGGACGUUCAGUACGUUCCCAUCGAGGCUCCAGAACUACCACCAGCUCCACCUGCACCAACCAACACACCGGUUGAAGUCCCUAUGGCAACGUUCACUCAAGCAGACAUCGAUCAGCGCAUCGCUGUCGCCCUUGCAGCAUACCAAUCCCAACAGUCAACUGCCAACCGACCCCUUUGCCUUGACAUCCCUGCUCCUGAACCUUUCAGCAGAAAGGCGGAGGACCUCAGAUGCUUCAUCCAAUGCGUCCUCUCCUACUUCGUUGCCACCAACAACACCAGACUUAGCGAUGAAGCAAAGAUUGCCUUCACUGUAGCGUUGAUGAGGAAGGACCUAGGGAAGACAUGGGCAGACGCAUACUAUAAGAAGUUGGCAGGGGGAGUCCAGGUCUAUCCCGAUUGGGCAGCCUUCGCCACCGCCCUCGAGGAAGCAUUUCCCGAGCACGGAACGCGAAUCAAGGCACAUCAAAUCCUGAUGAAACUGCCCAAACGACAGAAGAACAAGAAGACAGCGCUCUCCCUUGGAAACUAUGUCGCCCGCUUUGAGCAGCUAGCGUCGAAAGCCCAGCUCAAGGACGCCGAAGUCAAUGGCGUCAACCGCACCGAGAACGACUACCACACUCUCCACGCCAACUUCGUCAAGGGACUUCCAAAGGAGCUCUACGUCUCUCUCGCAACCAGGGUCGCUAGGGACCAACCCAGCACCAUGAAAGCCUGGUACGACAAAGUCCGAAAUGCCGAUGCCUGUCGCGACUUGAGGUCUAGCGACAGGGGGAAAACCUAA